AAUUUAGAAAUCGGAGAGAGGCUAGACGGCAUCCAAAAGCAGGAACCAGAUCCGCGAGGGGUCCGUCACUUUCGGAAACCGUUAACGCUCUUCUGUGUGUUCGUCUCUUCCACAGGGGGACUUGAUCUCAUCUUUGUGCCGGGUCUUGGGUUUGACAAGCAUGGCAACCGGCUGGGGAGGGGCAAGGGCUACUACGACUCCUACCUGACGCGCUGUCUGCAGCAGCGGGACUCGAAGCCCUACACCGUGGCCUUGGCGUUCCGAGAACAGAUGUGCCUCUGGGUCCCCGUGGACGAACACGACGUGAGGGUGGAUGAAGUCCUUUACGAAGACUCCACGUAGAUCCCGAUGCCUGCGGCCCGGAGAAAAGCAGAAUAGCUGUUUCCCCUCGUCACGAGGCAGCGUGCGUUUUGCCCACUCAUGGUGAAUAUGGACUGCGUUGUUUUUAGUGGAAUUGCAAACGCCUCACAUUAAAGCAUCUUCCAAAACCAA